AUGGCCUUGGAAGAGCGACCUGUGCGCGAAUUUUUGCUCUCUUUGCCGCGUUUAGCUGGAGAAAGUUACAAUGAAGCGGUUAGCUAUCUUGUGUGGCAAACGCUGGAGCAGUGCGUUGCAGACGGCAUCUGUUCUGUAAACUGGAGCAGCAAGCGUGCUGUUUUUGAGUCGCGCAAUUGGCAGACAGGUACAUUUAUGUCUUUGCAGUUGCCGCCCAAUUGGCGCGAUGCUUUUUUCAAAAACGUGGAUUAUUUGUCCGAUGAAUCUUCAAAUGGCCACCGCGGGUCUAGUUGCAGCAGGAUCUGUAACUCCCCAGAGACUGUUUUCUAUUGCUUCGAUUGCACUCGGAAUCCGCUGUAUGAGAUAUGCAGCGAGUGUUUUGAUCCACAACAGCAUGUUGGCCAUCGGUAUACCUCAAGACUUGUGACGAGGCCUGAGGGACGGUUAUGUCACUGCGGUGAUACCAGUGUGUUAUCUGCAGCCAACGAGACCUACGAAGGAUCUUUUAGGUGUCGCAAUGCGGCCAACAACGUACCAUUUCCCUUGGACUAUGAAAAUAACUCUGACCCAAAUUUGAUCAGUGUGCUCGAACAAAUGCUUGACUACAUCAUCGACACGACCGUUUAUUUUAAAGAGCUAUCAGGGGACCCCGAAAGAACCGUUCUUGUCCAUGACAAUGGUGUGGCGAUUACUCAUGGAGAUGAAUACGUUUUGCAACUCAACGGAAACGAAUGUAAUUGGCAAAUCAAAGAUCUGGCCAUUAAAAUCAGCCUUAUAUUGAAUAAGCCUUUAGAAUAUGGUCUAAUGAUGACAGAAAUACUCCAACGAGGCGAUUCGUCGGUGGUUCUUGUCAGGUCUGCGAAUCUGGCAAAGCUGGAAGAAGUCCGUGAUGCCUUUGCUGCGGAAAGUAUACAUUUACAAAUCAGAUCCACGUCUGACAUGUUCAUGGAAAAGCUUGUUGACGAACUUACGAACAUUCUUUACAUCCUUUGUGCCAGAAGCCCUUCCCUCAGGCUCAAGAUAUCUUUACGCGUUGCGUUGUGUGGAAUAUGGGAAUCGGGACUUUGCUCCACCAAAUACACGCCUGAUGUCUUUAGUUCGUUCACCCCAAAAAUAUCAUUACUCGGAGGUUUUGUUGUUCCAUAUGAACAGCGGACGACCUUUCCAUGGUUUAAACCGUGGAAAUUCCCUGAUUCAGAGGACAAGAAACAUGAUCCUAGCAUCUUACGAAUUAUGGGACUCUACGACAAGCGCUUGCAAGAUGCUUCUUCUCAUGGCUUGACUACGAGAUAUGGAUUACUGGAAGGCUCACGGUUUCAGAAUCUCCUCGUUCAGGGCUCAGAGCUAUUACCUAAUAUCUGGAAGUGUCGUCUUCUAAAGAUCGUAAGUUGCGUCUUCACUAUAAUUGAUGAUUCACGAAAUUGCAUUGCAGCUCAAUACAUCGACAUCUAUUCCAACUUGCUUUACAGCACUGUCGAAUCGGAUCCAGCAGGCCAUAAGUUAUCAAUCAUGUGUUCACUCUCUCAGUUAAUCUUUCAGAUACCGCAUGUCGCCAAUAUGAUCAUUCCAUCAGGAUUCAUAGAGCGAGUACUGCAGGUUGCCUUCACUCUUAUGUCUUUCCCGCCGCAUGAUCUGAUUGAAUGCCCGCCCGUUCCACUUUAUCGAGAUUUCAAACUUCCAAAAGAUGCUAUCAAGAAUAAACGCAGUGUUAUUUGCUUCAAGGAUAUUUACCUUGUUUUCUCGACUAACACUGUAGCAGAGAUUCUUUUAUCAUCUGAAACCAUAUUGAAUUGUAUGAUAAAAUGCUUCGCAGCUUUCAGCAAUGUGCUGCCGCUAACGCGCGAAACAUCAGAGCAUGUCGAAUUCGAAAAUUUCGAGUUUUCUUCUUAUUACUUCUACUUUUCUUCGGUACUAGUGAUGGUUGACGGUUUUACAAGAAAUAUAUGCUUACUUGAAGAUUGUGAUACUCGCAGUAACAUUGUUCAUCAUUUUUUGAGCAUGGCCGCGGAAAAGGAGUUCGAACUAUUGAGGGCUUCUGGACAUGGUACUAGUAGGGUGAGCUCAACAGAAAGGGUACAGGAAGCAGUCCUCGGAUUAAAGGUGUGCAAAGAAACCAUAUAUGACACCACUGCUGGCGUUAUAGAUUUUGAAGUUGGAACCACCCCUCAAACAUUUUUCAAUCCCAUGUCAUAUUUUUUCAAGUUUGUGACACUAUGGAGUCAAUGCGGUCGCUACGAGCCUUUGAAGUAUUCAUUACAUCAGUGCAUAAGGCUGGAAAAUAUUUUUGCAGAUAAACGGCAAAUAAUAUGGAUGUGCGAGUCUGCACUCAGUACUCUGGUCCUUUUAGCGCAAAUAAUGUCUGGCUACUGGGUUAGAAACGGUUCGCCGAUCCAGCAUCAAGCAAGAAUGUAUACCAAGUACAGCAUGAGAGAAUUCACUUAUUUCAGUGAUAUCUAUAUGCUGCAGCUGGCUAUGAGCAUCGGUGAUCCUGGUGAUUUUUUUGUUACCUAUCUUUCUCGUUGGGGCUUGAAGCAAUGGGCAGAGGGAAUGCCCUACGGUGAUUAUCCCGACAUUGAAAUAACUACAUCCAUGGUAGAUAAUUGCUUUUUGCUGCUAAUACAUCUCUUCAGUGAAAUUCGCAAUCCUGCGAUGAAAUCGUCAAUAGAGGGUUUCGAAAUGACUAUGCAAGCGGAACUAGCUCAUGCUCUGUGCUUCAAAAACUCAACUUAUAGCGAACUUCUAAAUGUCAUUCCAGAACAUGUCACAAAACACCCUGCAUUUGACCUAUACCUGAAUGAUAUGGCGCAAUAUACGCCACCGACUGAAACAAUGGAUGCUGGCAUCUACUGUUUGAAGGAGGAUUACUGGUCAUUAGUUGACCCGUACUUUUUGGGAUACUCUUCGAGUAAGCGGUAUGAGGCUGAGAAAUUGAUCCGAAGCAAAGCUGCGAUGAGAAUGAAAUGCGAGUACUCACAAACUUUUAUACCGGCGAAAGAAUGCGCUUCAAAGUUGAGCUCAAGCACUUUCUGCAAGCUUUACCAAAUUUCGGGCACCGACGUAUUCGGACAAUUCAUAAAAAAAACACUUGAUCAUAUCACUAACCUAAACAACGACGUGCUAUUAGGUAAAGUGACGCAUGUUAUCCAUCUUAGUAUCGUUAACAAUGUUGCGGGUUUUUCUUCCACGUUUUGGAAAGAAUUUGAACCAGAAAGCUCUCUAAACAAAAGCAUUGCUUCUAUACUGUACUCUCUCCUAUCAAUUGAUGACUUCAUCAACGAGCACGGAAAGAUUAGGGAAAUUUUCCGCUGCCUUGUGGAGAACGCACCUCACGUUGAUGUAAUCGCGUUUUUGUCGAAACAGACGCCCUCGCUUGAUUUAGGUCUUUUACAUGGUCCCAUGAAAUGUGAUAAAAAGAAAGAUGAAGGCAUGGAAAUGAGGAAACAGCUGGCCAAGUCGAAGAGACUAAAGUUGAUGAGAAGAAUUGCCAAACAACAGCAAAAAUUUCUUGCUAACAAUCAAGUUUCACUGGAUCAUAAAAUGUCGUCAAGUUGUCACCAAGAUCCCCACGAAGACGAUUCUCUUCUUCCAGAGCUAAUGUGCGUCUUUUGCAAAAUGGGCAAAGAAGAUAGUUGUUUUGUUUUUUUCAGUUUUGUGGAGAAGAAUAUCUGUGGCCAGUUGUUUUGUGAGAACGCCACUAUUGGUGAAGAAUCUGGCUUAACAGUUAAUUCUAAUACGACGUUUCAUAAAAGCACGGAAACAGGUCCUCUGAUUCGCACCUGCGGCCAUGGUUGUCACGAGAGCUGCUUGGUGAGCCAUAUGAAGUCUAUCAGGACUGUGCAUAACCAUAUUACUAAAAAUGUUCCAAGUGAGCUAGGGUUCUCGUUAUUAUUCUGUCCUUUAUGCUCAUCUUUAUCAAAUUCUUUCCUGCCUUACAUUCCUCCGCAUUGUAAGAGCGCUAGCAUAGAUAAUCCGCACACGGGGAGGCUGUUGAAAUCAUGUUACAAAUCCACAAUGAUCUUGGAUCGACUCUUUCACAAUGAGAAAAGCGCAACUUCACCCCACACAGACGUCAUUAGCCGCCUAGAAGCCAACACAAUCAAGAAUGCGGAAGUGGCUUCUAGGUUUAGUAGAAAGAUCAAGGAAUUUGACGGUGCAUAUGGAGGUUUUCUCACCACUCAACAUAUGGUUUCGUUGAGACUCCUCUCGGACAUGAAGACCUUUCUCCUCCUAGCGUCGAAGUCAAAACAGGUAGAGCCAGUCAAUUCCCUGCUCACACUCCAUUUGUUGAAUACCCUUGACGAGCCUACUGAGUCUUUUGUAACUGCUCUUAGAACGAAAUUUCAGUCACCACAAAACUUGUCGUCAUCAGACACUGGGGUUACAAAGCACUACUUUGAUCAUGUCAAACACUGGUUUUUUCAAGACGUGCUGUUUUUAGCUAGAAACAGACACCGCAUCUGCGGUGUUUCAUCCCGCAAAGCACUCAAUUGUUGCUCAAGUGCGCUUUCAAGCCUCUCUGAUCGCCAAGAAUUGGAGAAUUUCUCAGCGCUUUUGGAUUUUUUGUCUUCCUUACUAGGGGUUGAAAUAAACGACAAAUACGCAUCAGGUCUAGAGCGUGCCCUAUCACUGCUGCGUAGCUCCAUGACUGUAAGAAUGAGGAGAGUGAGUGUCCUGAUGUACUUGCAAGGCUUCUCCAAGGCGUCCAAAGUCAAUAAUUGUGAUACGGACUUCAACUGUUUAGACUCUGUAUUGAGGUUUUGCGGCAUGUGCACAUUCGGUCAAUUACUGACUAGCAUCAAUAAGGGCAUAAAAAUAGAAGGGGCACCUGUUGAUGAUUCCAAGCGCCGGAAUGAUGGUUUUGGUGGAUUUAGAGCUCGCCUAACAUUAUGUUCUUUUGACAAAAAUCCUUUAAUAGAGUUGCCGGAUUCCUACUCACAGUUGUGGAAAAUCAGUUGCAAUAGCUAUCUACCUAGAAACAAAAGGGAAGAAAUCGCAAUUUGUUUGUUCUGUGGUGCCCGUGUUCGGGUGCAGAACCCUGUGGCUUUGCAAAGUUAUUCGAUUGGGGAGUGUACUGAUCAUUGUCUUCACCAUUGCCCAUCGACAUCUGGUUACGGGUGUUUUCUGCUGAUACUGAGCAACACAGUGUACUUGGCGUAUGGCCAUAGAGGAACUUUCUAUCAGGCACCAUUUUUAAAUCAACAUGGGGAAACCGACGAAGACUACCGCAACGGAGCGCCCGUAUUUCUCAGUAGAGAACGAUAUUUGCAUUUAAGCCAGGAUGUGGUUUUAGGAAACAUGAUUCCCCAUCUUGUUUACAGGUUGACUGACAACUCUUCAGACCUCGGCGGGUGGGAAAGCAUGUGA